GAGGAUAAACCCUAGUUGAAUCCAUGGUGAAAGAGAUGGCUGCAACAUUUCUAGGCAUGCCUGGGCCAUGGGCUCUGAAUUAUCGCGAGCCCUCUGAUCCCUUCACAACUAAAAUUGGAGGAAUCCCUGACUGGCCUUGUCCCAAGGACGCCAUAAACGACGAUUUCCUUCGCUGUGCUUCAUGUGCCACUCAACUCUCCCUCGUUGCACAGGUUUAUGCUCCUCUUUCUCAGCACCGCAUUCUUUUCGUUCUCGGCUGUGUCUCUCCUCAAUGUGGAACAGCUUGGCGAGUUCUUCGCCUUCAGAAUAUUGCUGAUGUCGAUAUGUCUCCACAAAAACAAGCCGCACCGUCCAAUGAUGUUCUAAGUGUCAACGUGUCGGAAGAUGAAGAUGAUGAAGGUGACAUGGAUUUGGAAGAACUGGGCAGGGCUCUCUUUGAAGCUGGGAUGUUGGCUUCUAACACUAAGACCCAAAAACCCCAGAGAAGGCGCCGGGACAAGCUUCCUUCGUCUUCUCCGUGUCCAAAAACAACAACUCUAAUUCAUAAAGAUAAUGAUAUGCCCGUGGUGCCCUGCUUUUAUAUAUAUGCCCAGGAAGAGCCAUCUUCGGGGGAUCUUACUUCAGUAUGUUCUAACUACUCAUCACUUUCUAUUAAGGAGAAUGGAAGUGAUGUUGAGGAUCCUUCACAAGCAGAAGAAACCUGGGAAAAGGAACAUUAUGAGUAUGAUAAAGCUUUGACUGCUGAUAGAACAUAUCUCAAGUUUAAGAAACGAUUGGAUGCUUAUCCUGAACAAUGUUUCAGAUAUUCAUACGGUGGGAGGCCAGCUUUAGCUGCAGCUGGUGAAAUAAACUCUGGCAGCUGCAAGCUCUGUGGUAGACCAAGGCAAUUUGAGAUGCAGCUAAUGCCUCCAUUACUAUACUUUCUACAGGAAGCACUUGGUGACCAAAGACAGAUGGUAGAAAAGUGGGAUUGGAUGACCCUUAUUGUAUAUACUUGUCCAGAGAGUUGCUGUGAAGGGAUUGAACAGGCAAAGUCCAGUAGUAAGGGCUGGAUUGUAGUGGAGGAGGCAGUUGUAGCUCAAUAUGAGGAAUCCAUGCCCGUUCAGCUUGGCUAUUUCUCAUGAUCGCUGACGUUGGUUUAAAGAAUGCAAUAUAAAAAUUUGAAGUGUUAAGAAAGUAGUAGCUUAGUCGAAGAAAAGGGUUUAAGAAAAGUAUGUUACUUAGCAUUGGAAUUUUGUUUACAGUGAAGAUUUGGUGAGGUGGUCUUGUGUAUACUAUGCCCAUUUUAUUAACAAAAAUAUUGUUUUGCUUAACGGCAUUAAACAAGAAGCAACAUAAUACGACAAAGGCAUUGUGUACCUGCUCGUUUUUAU